UUCUCUAAUUCCACGCAUCGUAGUUUACGUACAUCUUCUCCAUGGAAAGCUCAAACCCACAUGCAGUAAUAGUUUCUAGCCCCGGCGUUGGCCACCUUGUCCGUGACAUUGAGCUCGGCAAUCGCCUGGUCGCCGAUCACAACUUCCGAGUCACCUUCUUUGUCGUCCUUGAAGAUCAAGCCACGGUCGGCGAAUCCCAGCUCAUCCAAUCAGCCAAGGCCCAGAAACUCCUAGACAUAGUCCAACUGCCACCCGUGGACCUCUCCGGCCAACUCCAACCCAAUACUCCGACCUUCACGCGCCUAACUGCCGUUAUGCGCGAAAUCAGUGAAACUCUCCGGUCUGCAAUCUCCGCCCUGAAGCCGACCCCGAUCGCCCUCGUCGUCGAUAUUUUUGGAACUCCGGUACUGGACGUCGCCGAUGAGUUUCACAUGUUAAAGUACGUGUUUGUUAGCUCCGCGUGGCCCCUUGCAUUGAUGUUAUACGCGCCAAUCCUUGACAAGGAGGUAGAAGGAGAGUACGUUGAUCAGAAAGAACCGAUAAAGCUCCCCGGUUGUAUGCCGGUUCGGCCCCAAGACGUGGUUAGUCCGAUGAUGGACCGGACAAAGCAGGAAUACCAUUCCUUCCUACAGGUGGGUUCAAAGAUUCGUAAGAGCGAUGGGGUUUUGGUGAACACGUGGGAAGAUCUGGACGCCGCGACGCUUAAUGCCAUGAGAUCAGAGGAAGAGAGUUACGGAUCGGCACCGAUUUACGCGGUUGGGCCGCUGAUCAGAUCGGUUGGACCGCCAGCUUCGAGGAGCCAGCUGUUGGAUUGGCUCGACGAGCAACCAGUUGAGUCUGUGCUUUAUAUUGCGUUCGGGAGUCUUGGGGUUCUUUCGGCUCAACAAAUCACGGAGCUAGCUUCGGGGCUGGAGCUGAGCCAGCAGAGAUUUAUUUGGGUGCUACACCCACCCAGCAAGAAGGAUGUGUCCGCUGACAGAGGCGAUAAUGCAUUAGCCUACUUGCCCGAUGGGUUCUUGGAACGAACCCACAAUUUGGGAUUGGUGGUCACGCAGUGGGCGCCACAAUCGGACAUCCUGCGGCAUCCAUCUACAGGAGGAUUCUUAUCUCACUGCGGGUGGAACUCGUCACUAGAGAGUAUUCUAAGCGGCGUGCCGAUAAUAGCUUGGCCUCUGUACGCGGAGCAGAAGAUGAAUGCUACGAUGCUAGCGGAGGAGGUAGGAGUGGCUGUCCGCCCAAAAGUUGCACCCACUAAAGGAGUGGUGGGAAGGGAGGAGAUUGAGAUGAUGGUGAGGAAAGUUAUGGAGGGCCAAGAAGGGAAGGCUAUGAGGGGUAGAGUUAGGGAACUCAAAAUCAGUGGGGAAAAGGCUUUGACUGAGGGUGGUUCCUCUUUCACGGCUGUGUCUCAAUUGGCAAAGCAAUGCGUAAUGAACUCAUCACAACGCUAGAAAGUUUAAGGCUCCAUGAGCCACUAGCAAACGUUGGCUUAUUUGUUUGUUUAUUUUCUAAGCAAUGGAGAAACAUUGGCUGGCCGGCAGCAGUUUGUAUGUAAAAAAAAGACACCGGUCCAGCAAUGAUAUGAAUUUUACCUUAUUUAUUAUAAGUUCAAGACACACUUCUUGUGA